CAUUUCCUCUCCCUCCUCUUUCUAGUAUAUAUUGAAAUCCUCUCCAAAUCUUUCCAACCUAACAAAAUAUAUUCACUCCCAUUUAUUUCCCAUCCUCCUCCUGUUUGUUUUGUUUUUUUAAUUUUAUUUUAUUCGUUCCUUGUUUGUUUCUUUAUGUUCCCUGCAUUGCUUGCCCUGUAAUUCAACUAUCCUCCUUGGAAAUUUUGCAAGAUUUUGGAUGAAAUCUGGCCAGAUCUUGCUUUGUGGGAUGUGGAUUUUGGUGGGUCUUCUUCUCAUACAUAACUCUUCUCCCUCCCUCCUCCCCUAGACUCGCCCGAAGCACAAACCAUUCCUCCCUUCCCUCUCCGCCAUAACCGACCAAGCCGGUCCGACGGAAUAAAAGCCAACGCUCCUCCGCUCCUCCGCUCUGAUCUAUUCCCCUCUACCGCGAUUCUGGGUUUUGUUUUCAAUCCGGAAUUUGGGCCGAAUGGGAAUGGCUGCGGAGUCCCAGUUCCACGUUUUGGCCGUAGAUGAUAGCCUCAUAGACAGGAAGCUCAUUGAGAGGCUGCUCAAGACCUCUUCCUAUCAAGGUUUGCUCUUCUUAAUGGACUCUGUUUCCUCGAUAACAGUUACCACGGUGGAUUCCGGGAGCAAGGCUCUGGAAUUCCUAGGCUUGAGCGAGAAUGACCGGAUCGACCCCGGCUCGCUGUCGGUUUCUCCUGGCAAUCAUCAGGAAGUGGAGGUGAAUCUUAUUAUUACCGACUACUGUAUGCCUGGCAUGACAGGCUAUGAUUUGCUCAAGAAAAUAAAGGAAUCUUCGUCUUUGAGAAAUAUACCGGUGGUGAUUAUGUCGUCGGAGAAUGUGCCUUCAAGAAUUAGCAGAUGCUUGGAGGAAGGAGCAGAGGAAUUUUUUCUCAAGCCAGUGAGGCUGUCAGAUUUGAAUAAGCUCCGACCCCAUUUGAUGAAGACAAAGUUGAAAGAACAAAGGCCUGAAACGCAAGAAAAUCCUGAAAACCCACGAGUUCAAACUGAAGAAAAUCAAACUGCUGUGCAACAACAUAUUAUAUCACAGCCACUACUAGAUCAACAACAACCACAAUCACCGCGAGCAGCCAGUAAUAACAAGAGAAAGGCCAUAGAACAGCAGGGGCUGUCGCCUGAGACUGACAGAACGAGACCUAGAUACAGUGACAUAGCAACGGUGGUGUGAUCAGUAUAUUUCUGAAAUUACAAUAUGUAAUUCUCAAUUUCUCAUAUGACCUCUUUUUAAAAAUCAUUUUCAAGUCUUAACUCCAGUGUUGGAUAAUAGAAGCUUUAUACGGACUGUAGAGAGAGUUGCCUCCUGUACACAUCUCCUGGAAAAUCCCGCUUCCAAUUUUGUUUCUUCAAACAUACCCAAAAAAGAAAAAAAAAAUGAAGUAGAGAGACAGAGAGAGAAGAAAUUCAAAUGAUUUAUUUCCGGUGUCGAUGAACGUAUUCUGGAAAAUUAGAUUCUUGUUCCCA